AUGCUGAACAAUGAAGCGUUGCGGAACGCACUGUUUGAGACGAACUUGCGUCCGACGCAAGCGCCCGUUUACGUCCGCAGCGACCGCUAUCUUGCGCUCGGCUGCGAUCUCAGGGACCUUAAGACGCUGGAGCGUCUACUGCGAAGAGACUUUGACGCUGCAAACGCUUCAUUUCUCUUCGUAGCCGAAGUGUCUGUCACAUACAUGCCGACCCCUGAUGCAGACUCAGUCAUUCGAUGGGCAAGCACCCUGGACGAUGUCCCAUCCACGCCGUUCAGCAAUAUCCUCUCCUACACCAACAAGCAUCCCGGUUCACAGAUGCAGGGUGGUCACAGCGAAUGGGAGGAGUUUGCUCUAUUUGCUGGGCACUACUUUCUUCUAGUGGCUUCAACGGCCAACAAGGGUGCUUCACACAUAACGGAUAGUGCCGUGCCAAGUGUCACACCGGUCGAAAAGAUACGGGAAGUGCAGAUGAUCCUUACACAUCAUACCCAAUCUCAAUUAGAGUCGCGCCGAUUUGGAGCUGCAGUUGCUCUGGGGCAAAACACGGCUGCCUUCCACGGUGGCCAGGGUGUUCAGACACGUUUAACCAGCAUCGACGUACUGGUACAGGACAUUCCCGAACCACCCGUCCAGCCCUGCAAAUCGACGCCGCCGCAAGCCCGCAUAUGCCACACUGUCACAGCGUUUAACGACACUUGUGCAUUAUUGGUAGGCGGCCGCGCAUCUCCAUCCCAUGCACUUGCCGACUGCUGGUUGAUCUCGGCAGGACAAUGGACUCAGGUCGGCGACUUACCCUCAGCUCGUUUCAGACACAGUUCUGUGAGAGUGACUAUACCAUCUUCAAAGUCCGACGGCGCGGGCGUUGAAGCGGUCUUGGCUUUUGGCGGCAAAACCAGUGAUGGCCACAUCUUAGAUGAGUGGGUGAUAUGGACACGCGAGGACGGUUGGAACGCCAUCCCGGUCAACGGCCCGCGUCCUUCGGCACGUUUUGGUGCAGCACUGUCGACGAUAGCCCCGGCCCAAAGUUGGGGCGUCAUGUGCGGUGGAAUGGCCCCCAGCGGCGUAGUCCUGCAGGACCUCUGGGAGUGGCACAUCACUGCGGCACGACAACUGGAAUUCUUCGACCGCACCAGUAGUGUUCGGUGUAACACGGAAAUACCUGCAUUCGGGCGGCUGGGAGCCAGUCUCGUCCCGUUCGGAGACCGCCUGUUGCUCAUUGGAGGAGUCUCGAAGCAGGGUAUUUUGGAUCUGCCACAAGACUUCCUAGCUAUAUCACACGACGCUACAGCUGGUCACACUACAUAUGAUGUACAGAUCCCCGCUCUCAAGCUGUCUCAGUCGAUGUGGCCUUUACUUGUUGGAACAAGCGCGGCUGCAGUGUCCGACAACGAGAUCAUCCUUGCAGGUGGUGGGGCCGUCUGCUUCUCUAUGGGGAGCUUCUGGAACACAGGUCACUUCUCUAUCACCCGAGGAGCGGAAGAAGUGAGGCCCUGGACCGUGGCCGUGUCUCAGUCUUCCCAAGAUAGCAAGAAGGAUGACCAGCAACGAUCUGCUCGAGCCGAUGGCAAGCAGGCAGCCAAAAAGAAGGGGAAGGGCAAUCGGCCCGCUCUGCCUGCAAGCACCAACAUUACUCGCAUUCAGAUCGACUCGUCUGAGCACUUUGCAAAUGUUCUUGCCGCAUCCAAGCCCGUGAUAAUCGAGAACCUCGACAUCGGGGCAUGUAGAGAUCUAUGGACUCUAGACUACCUCAAGGAGAAGAUCGGUGCGGAGCGAGAAGUCGUCAUUCAUGAAUGCGCUUCAGAUCGCAUGACCUUCAAGGACAAGAAUUUCUCAUACGUGAAGAAGCCAUUCGGAGACUUCCUCGAGGGCAUCUCCGCGGGCGCCCAAACAUACCUGCGCGCUGUGUCCUCUGCCCAACCCAACAGACUGCCUACAAACCUCGAAGACGACUUCCCGUCCGUAGCUGGGGACUUCAAGCUUCCCGACGUCUUCGAUGUGAUAAGGAGUAAUCUACACAGCUCACCCCUUCGCAUCUCAGGCCCCGUAGCGCUCUGGCUACACUAUGACGUCCUCGCCAAUGUCCUUUGUCAGGUUCGCGGCUCCAAAACCCUCCACCUCUUCCCUCCCGCCGAUGUAAAGCACCUCUCCUACCCACCCGGAGGUUCCAGCUCCAACGUCGACAUCCUCACCUCAAGAGACACACGCCUUAGCCACACGCAUCCUCACACCGCACACAUGCGCCCCGGUGACAUACUCUUCAUCCCACCUAUGUGGAGUCACACCGCUGUUCCAGAGGACGGCGUGAGCGUGGCUGUCAACGUCUUCUUCCGGAAUCUAGAAAGCGGAUACGCAGCGGGCAAAGACGUGUAUGGGAACAGGGAUUUGCAGGCGUAUGAGAAUGGAAGAAGGGAUGUAGAGAGGAUUGCGAAGGCGUUUAAAAACAUACCGGAUGAUAUGGCAAAGUUUUACAUGGACAGGUUGGCGAUGGAGUUGAAGGAUAGGGCAGACGCUGUGGGCAAGAGUACGCGAAGCGGUGGGUGA